AAGCAAAGAAGCCAAAUGAACCCAUAUGCUGUGCUUGAAUUUUAUCUCAUUUAGCGUUCAUUUUAGUCUACUGAGGUCCUUGGAAAUAAACCCUUUCGAAAUCUGCUUAUUGGAGUGAGAGUCAUGAGAAAUUCUUGGUUUUUCAUGAUUUUCUUAGUACUCUUCAGUUUCUAUAUCGUUCAGUUUCGAGCUGAAGCUGCUCCGGCAGGACCCUUGAUAAAACACUUGUCUUCCUUUCUCAAAUGGACGAGGUCUUCCCCAAAAACGCCCCAAACAGCAGAUGGAAAUGUUGUUCAGUUUGAGAAUGGGUAUUUGGUUGAGACUGUCGUGGAGGGAAACGAACUGGGGGUCGUGCCGUAUUCCAUCCGGGUUUCCCAUGAUGGCGAACUCUUUGCUGUGGACGCCGAAAAUAGUAACAUUGUUCGGAUAACUCCGCCUCUAUCACAGUAUAGCAGGGCAAGAUUGGUUGCUGGAUCAUUUAAAGGUUACUCGGGGCAUGUGGACGGGAAACCAAGUGAUGCUCGUUUUAAUCAUCCAAAAGGUGUUACCAUGGAUGACAAAGGGAAUGUAUAUGUUGCAGAUACCUCAAAUCUAGCUAUCAGGAAGAUAGGAGAAGCAGGUGUUAAAACAAUUGCUGGGGGAAAAUCAAAUGUCGCAGGGUAUAGGGAUGGCCCCAGUGAAGAUGCAAAAUUCUCCAGUGAUUUUGAUGUGGUGUAUGAUGGGCGUACCUGUUCCUUGUUGGUUGUUGAUAGAGGAAAUGCUGCUAUUCGACAAAUCUCUCUCCAACAAGAGGAUUGUGAUUACCAGUACAACUCCAUUUCUGCUACAGAUGUUAUGCUUGUUAUUGGUGCUGUAUUGGUUGGAUAUCUAUCAUGCAUGCUUCAUCAGGGAUUUGGACUUUCCGUCUUGUCAAGAUCGCAACAAACCUCAGAGAGUGAUCUAAAAGAUGAAGUCACCUCCGAGAAACCCAGUCUUAUUGUGGAGAGCCUGAAAGAAGAGCCAGAUGCCGGAUGGCCAUCUUUUGGAGGUCUUAUAAUUGAUUUGUUUAAACUUGCAGUGGUAGCACUGGGUAGCAUCUUUCUUUAUUUCAUACCUGUCAGUCUCAGGUUCAGGAAGUCCAAGAAUAAUCUUACUCCACUUAAAGAUACUCUUGUAAUGCCUGAGGAUAGAGCUGAACCUCCAUUAGUACAAAAGCAGAGAAGUGCUACGCCUCUUUCUGAAACACGGCAUUCCCCUUCUCCAAAUGCAAGCGGUGAUGGUUAUACACAACAUAAGCUCCAAAAGAGUAAAUCAGCAGCUCCAAGGGAUCCUUCUUUAUCAAGCAAGCAUCGGUCUUCAAAGCGACAAGAAUAUGCAGAAUUCUAUGGAUCGGCUGAGGUUCCUCCAUAUAGCCAGAUUGGUUCUAAGAGCCUGAAAGAAAGAAGCAGGCACCGUCAUCGUGAUAGAAGCGGGGAGGUGGUUUUUGGAGCUACAGGAACAGAACCGAAACCUGUGGAGAUUAAGUCAGUUGACUAUGCUGAUCCAAAGUUUGACCAUUUCAAUAUCAGGAGCAAGUAUGGGUCUGAUGAUGCAUUCCAUUUCUGAGUGAGC